AUGACUAAAGAAGAUUUGGUUUGUGAAGCGCAUUUUAUAAAAACACAUUAUAGAGAGAAAAGUGGACGUUAUGUGGUACGUCUACCGUUCAAAGAGCCACCACCUACUGUGAACGACUCCUAUCAAGUAGCCGUAAGCAGAUUUAAAAGGGUUGAACGAGCUCUCAAAGGGCAAACAACUUUGUGGAGUAUGUAUAAGGACUUUAUGUAUGAAUAUGAACAUUCUAACCACAUGAAAUUAGUUCAACCAGGUGAGCAACAACCUUUGAUUUAUUUGCCACAUCAUCAUGUGUGCUGGUUAGAUAGUCCUUCGACAAAACUAAGAGUUGUUUUCGAUGGAUCAAGUAAGAUGAAUGAUGGGUGCUCACUUAACGAUCGAUUAUAA